UAUAUAAAAUAUAUGACGAAAUAUUAGUAAACGCAGCUGAUAAUAAACAAAGAGACCCAAAAAUGGAUGUGAUUAGAAUUGAAAUAAAUCAAGAACAAAACACAAUAUCUGUAUACAACAAUGGAUGCGGUAUUCCAGUGGUUAUGCACAAAGAGGAGAAAAUGUUUGUUCCAACCAUGAUCUUUGGACAUCUCUUGACAUCUUCAAAUUACAAUGACGAAGAAGAAAAAGUGACAGGUGGUCGUAAUGGAUACGGUGCAAAAUUGUGUAACAUUUUCUCAACAAAAUUCACUGUUGAAACUGCAUCAAAGCAAUACAAGAAACAUUUCAAACAGACAUGGGGCGCAAACAUGACUAAGGCUUCAGAACCAAAGGUUAAGGAAUCCGGCAAGGAUGAUGAUUUUACAAAAGUAACUUUUAGCCCUGACUUAGCUAAAUUUAAAAUGGAAAAAUUAGAAGACGAUAUUGUAGCGUUGAUGUCACGACGUGCGUAUGACGUAGCAGCGUCUACGGCAGGCGUGAAAGUCUAUCUCAAUGGAGAGAGAUUGAAAAUUAAUAAAUUUAAAGACUAUGUAGAUUUAUACAUAAAAGGUAAAGAAGAUGAAAAUGGACAGCCAUUGAAGGUUGUAUAUGAAAAGGUUAAUGACCGCUGGGAAGUAGCAUUGACCCUCUCUGAUAGAGGUUUCCAACAAGUUUCAUUUGUAAAUUCUAUUGCUACCACAAAGGGUGGCAAACAUGUUGACUCAGUUUCUGAUAGUGUUGUUAAGAACGUACUAGAAGUACUUAAAAAGAAAAAUAAAGGUGGUGUUAAUAUUAAGCCUUUCCAAGUUAAGAAUCACAUGUGGAUAUUUGUUAAUUGUCUAAUUGUCAACCCGACCUUUGAUUCUCAAACCAAGGAGAAUAUGACACUCCAAGCCAAAAGCUUUGGAUCGAAAUGUAAUUUUUCCGAGAAAUUUAUUACGUCAGUUACUAAAUGCGGUUUAGUAGAAUCAGUAUUGACAUGGGCUAAGUUUAAAGCUCAGAAUGAGCUUGUGAAAGCAUCAGGUAAAAAGCAAAGCAAGCUGAAGGGCAUACCAAAGCUAGAAGAUGCUAACGAAGCAGGUACAAAGAAUGCACAUUUGUGUACUCUCAUCCUUACUGAGGGAGACUCAGCCAAGACAUUGGCUGUGUCAGGACUCAGUGUUGUGGGAAGGGAUCAUUAUGGUGUAUUUCCACUUAAGGGUAAGCCAUUGAACGUCAGAGAUGCAUCCCACAAGCAGGUUUUAGAAAAUGUUGAAAUAAACAAUCUCAUAAAAAUUCUUGGUCUUCAGUAUAAAAAGAAAUAUAACACACUCGAUGACUUAAAAUCGCUUAGAUAUGGUAAAGUGAUGAUAAUGGCUGAUCAGGAUCAAGACGGUUCACAUAUCAAAGGGCUGAUCAUUAACUUCAUACAUCACAAUUGGCCCGAGCUAUUAAAACUGCCAUUCUUGGAAGAGUUCAUCACGCCUAUCGUGAAAGCGACGAAAAAAGACAAAGAGAUAUCUUUUUAUUCAUUACCUGAAUUUGAGGAAUGGAAGAAUGAAAAUGAGAAUUAUCACACAUACAAUAUAAAAUACUACAAAGGUUUGGGUACCUCCACUGCGAAGGAGGCUAAAGAAUACUUUCAGAAUAUGGAAAGGCAUAGGAUAAGAUUUAAGUACGCGGGCGCUACUGACGAUCAUCACAUCGAGCUGGCUUUCUCGAAGAAAGGCGCUGACCAACGGAAGGAGUGGUUAACUAAUCACAUGGAAGAAGUUAAGAGGAGGAAGGAGAUUGGCCUUCCGGAAAGAUACUUGUAUACGAAAGAAACUAAAGCAGUGACAUAUUCAGACUUUGUUAAUUUGGAGCUGGUUCUCUUUUCGAAUGGUGAUAAUGUCAGAUCGAUACCUUCCAUGGUAGAUGGCCUGAAGCCAGGUCAGCGUAAAGUGAUAUUCACAUGCAUCAAACGUAACGACAAACGCGAAGUGAAAGUCGCGCAGUUGGCUGGUUCAGUUGCAGAACAUUCCGCUUACCAUCAUGGUGAGCAGUCCCUCGCCAUGACGAUAGUGAACCUCGCUCAGAACUACGUAGGUUCCAACAACAUCAACCUACUGGAGCCCCGUGGUCAGUUUGGUACGAGGUUGUGCGGAGGCAAGGACUCGGCCAGUCCGAGAUACAUAUUCACCCUCAUGUCUCCGCUUACCAGAUUGAUUUUUCACCCGCAUGACGAUCCUUUGCUGUUGCAUGAAUUUGAAGACAACCAGAAGAUUGAGCCCAUACAUUAUGUGCCAAUAUUGCCGAUGGUGCUUGUGAAUGGAGCAGAAGGUAUCGGCACUGGCUGGUCCACCAAGAUACCCAAUUACAAUCCUAGAGACAUUGUUGCCAAUAUUCGUCGCAUGCUCGACGGUGAAGAGCCGAAACCGAUGCACCCCUGGUACAAGAACUUCCGCGGCACGAUAGAGGGCUUCGGCGAUAAGUACGUCAUAUCCGGCGAGGCGGCCAUCUUGCCGAACGACAAGAUCGAGAUCACGGAGCUUCCGGUUGGCACGUGGACGCAAAACUACAAGGAGAAUGUGCUGGAGCCGAUGCUGGGUACGGAUAAAGUGAAGCCGCUCAUCAGUGAAUAUAGGGAAUACAACACCGACACGACGGUGCGCUUCCUGGUGAGCCUGCUGCCGGGCAAGCUGGCGGAGGUGGAGGCGGAGGGAGUGCACAAGGUGUUCAAGUUGCAGACCACCAUCUCUAUGACCUGUAUGAACGCGUUCGAUCACAACAACUGCUUGAAGAAGUACGAGCGCGUGGAGGAGAUGCUGCGCGAGUUCUACGAGCUGCGCGUGCGCUACUACGCCAAGCGCAAGGAGUUCCUCGAGGGGCAGCUGCAGGCCGAGGCCGACAAGCUCAGCAACCAGGCGCGCUUCAUCGUCGAGAAGUGCGACAAGGGGCUCGUCGUCGAGAACAAGAAGCGGAAGGUCAUGGUCGAGGAGCUCAUCAAGAGAGGUUACGCACCAGACCCAAUAGCCGAGUGGAAGAAGCGAGCCAGCAAGAUGCAAGGUCUCACCGCGUUGGAGGAAGAGGAGCCCCAGGAGUCUGAGGAUGAACCAGAGCCCGAAGAAACUACAAAGGGAAAACCAGUUGAUCCAGAGAAAGCAUUCCAACAGCUGAAGGAAGUGAAGAAGUUCAACUACCUGCUGGGCAUGUCCAUGUGGAUGCUGACCCGCGAGAAGAAAGACGAGCUGCUGAAGCAGAGAGACCAGAAACUUGUCGAGCUCGAGGCGCUCAAGAAGAAAACACCAGCACUAUUGUGGCGUGACGAUUUGGACAUCUUCCUCACGCGGCUCGACGAGCUCGAAGAGAAGGAGAGGCAGGAGGAGGCCGCUACCAACAGGAAGACUUCCAAGGCUCAGGCGGCGAACAAGAAGAACCGCAAAUCGCUGAUGGAGAUCGUGCCCUCGCAAGAUGGCCGGCGAGUGGAGCCCAAGAUCUCGGAGGACAUCAUCAAGAGGAUACAAGCUGCGGAGAAAGCGAAGAUCAAGAAGGAGGUCAAAAAGGAGUACGAUCCGGAUGACCCAACGGGCAUAAGUCCAGCGAGCCAAGAGAAGAAGCCGAAAGCACGUGUGAAGAAGGAGAAAGUGGAGAAAGAGAAAGUAGAAAAGGGAGAUAAAGCAGAGAAAGACGGGCUCAAACAGAGCAAACUCAACUUUAAGAAGGAGCCCAAAAAGAAGAAGAUGACAUUCAGUGGCAGCGACUCCGAGGAAGUGUCAGGUUCAGAUGUGGAAGCGAUAAUGGACACUGCGCCCGCGCCCAGACAACGGAACUCCACUAGAAGAGCUGCCACUAAGGUGCAGAAAUACAAGGACGGCUCAGACGAAUCCGCAUCGGAUUCAGAACCGGAAUUACUAGACAAUAAAUUGAGUUCGGACGCGGAGCCGCCGCAGCGGGCGAUGUCCGUGAGUGAUGAUGAUGAUGAUGACUUCAAUGUAAAAAAGCACGGCAAUAAGAAGCCGGCUGAGAUGGAUUCCGAUUGCCUAUUUGACUCACUGAUAGAAGAAACAAAGAAAGAAGAAGCAAGCAAGAACGCAAGUUCGGACAGACCAAACGUCCUAUCCAGCGAUGGUGACGCUGAGCCUCCAUCACCGAAGAAACCGGUGAAGAGGAAGCUAAUGAACGUGAAGGAGCCGGUAAAGAAGAAGGUGAAAGCCACCAUCAGUUUGGACAGUGAUGAUGAUAGCAUAUUCGAUACUAAGAAGGACAAGAAAAAGCCGGCGGCCGCGAAGAGAACGAAGAAAGCCAAGAAGAAGAGCAGCGACGAGGAGAGCGAGGCGGAGGUGUCGCCCCCCGCGGCCCCCGCGCACCCCGCCCCCGCGGCGGGCGGGCGCGGGGCGCGCGCGCGCCCGCAAAAGUACCACUUCAGCGACGGCUCGGACAGCGAGUAGACGUCCCUAUGCUGGUAAAACCAGUUUUAAGUCUAAUGAAGCAGUAUUUGUAAAUAUAGAAACUUGGAAAAUGUGAAUGAGUAAUACGAAUUGAGUGUUAGCGACUUUUCUAUGGAGUUUUGAAUCUUGACAUUUUUAAUAAUUCGUGAUUACGUUUUACAUUUUAACAUAAGACAUGAUUUAAUAUAGUGACAAUUGUACGUCUGUUCGUAACAACUAAUUUUAAAGUUAAAAAAUAUAUUUUUUUUUGUUUUGUACAUAAUUAAUUCUCUGUUUAGUUUUUCAUUCAAUCUUUUUUCUUUCUCUUCUUAAUUUAUCGUUCGUUUACAUUUA